AUGGACCAAUAUCUCAUAGAAUCCAUAAUUGGUCCGAUGAUGGUACUCGGAGCAUUUGGGAAUCUCAACGUAAUAGUCGCCGUGAUCCGGAAAAAAGUGCUCCGGACAAAAGGAGCAAUGCUCGUGUUUGUCUUGGCAAUUUCUCACUUCAUAUGCAAUAUUUCAGAGCUCAAAGUGCUUAUAUUCAGGCUCCGAUUUCAAUCACUCACAGGAAGAGAAUGUUUCUUGUACAAUGUUCCAUACUCGUUUUGUGUCAUGUUCCAAUCUGCACUGUUCCUUUCCAUGGCUCUGGAUUUGUGUUUUUGCAUUAUGCUUCCAAUAAAACACAUGCUCUGGCCAAAAACAAAAUACAUUCUGAUAAUGUGCAUAAUGCCAACCUGUUUCGCCCUUAUUGUGUUCUUCUUGAACUUUCUUUUCGUUACCGAUGAGAACGCUCCGUAUUGUGCAUUCAUGUUGACUAUGGACGACGGAGUGUUUGAAACGAUAUCGACGUCGGUGGUGGCGUGCAAUAUUCUAACACUUCUCAUCACAGUUGUCUCCGUUUUUGUGGCUAUCAGAAAAUCCCAAGACAUGAGAAACCAUCGUCAUUCAACAGUCAACAGAAGAAAUAGUGUCGUUGACGAACGCAGAAAAGUAUUCCGUUCAACAUUCUACAUGAUGGCCAUUUACAUCUUCUCGUGGAUGAUGUCAUCAAUCUGCUUCCGUGUUCUGUUUGCUUACUUUGAGAAUGAGCAAGACAUUGUGCCCUACAUGCCAUUCCUUGCCAUCAUCACGAUGCCCAACUUCUGCCAAGCAUUUUUUGUCACGUAUUUCCGGUCUCCGAGAUUCCGAAAGGCAUACAGAGAGCAUUUUCAUUGGCUCACUUGUGGAUGUUUGUACCGCGACGUCUUCAGUCAACCGGAGACGAAGGAAAAUACAAGCAAACCCGACAGUGCGACAAAUCAGCAGCCAAUAAGUGAAGCUGUGGAGAAGAAACCAAAAGAAAAUAGUAAUGGAGUCAGGAAAACAGUUAGGAUAUGUGAAGGGACAGUGAUCUAA